CUGUACAAAUCUCAAAACUAAGAGAGCCGUGCUCCAUAGCACGCGCCACCUCGCUCUCUUCAUAACAUAUCAUUAUUUCCAGCAAAUUACCAUCGCUGCUGGAAUCAAGAAACAAACAAACAAAUAAAGAAACCUUUUUUUUUUAGGCCGAGGCCCGUCCCUCCAGGGAACGAACCACCCCUGGCGGACCUUUCACUAUGUCCGCCGUCGAUGCGCGGCUGGACGACUCUGUGUCCGAAGAUUCAGCGAUGUCCACAUCGCUGAAAUCGGACUUUAGUUCUCAGGCCUGUAACAUCCUCGCUGAGCUCAGAGAACACGGUGAGCUCUGCGAUGCUAUCAUCAGAGUCGGUGACGUGAUCUUCCCCAUUCAUCGGAACAUUCUAUCAGCCUGUAGCAGCUUCUUCCGCGCCCUGUUCACCAGCCAGGUAGGUGAGAAUCCAACCAAUAAGCAUGAAAUAACACUAACCCAUGUGACCAGUGACGUCAUGUCGGUAAUCAUCGACUACGCCUACACCCGGCAUGCCAAAGUAACGGCUGCUAACGUGGAACAGUUACUGCCCGCGGCAGACCAGUUUCACUUCAUGGGGCUUGUCAAGGCCUGCUGUGAUUUUCUGAUCACCGAACUCUGUGCCAGCAACUGUAUUGGAAUUCGCAAGUUUGCUCAGACCUACUUCUGUAGCCAUUUAGAACAAGAGGCUUUAAAGUACAUCCUGGUGAACUUUACAGCUGUCUACACAACUAGUAAUGAAUUUCUUCAACUGGACAUUGAUGAAGUGUGUGAGCUGUUGCAGUCUGAACACUUGAAUGUCCGGACAGAGGAGUUGGUCUUUGAUGCUCUGUGUCGCUGGAUAGACUACAGCCCGGAAAGAAGAAAGCGGCAUAUUGGACGAUUACUUCGCACUAUCCGACUGGGUCUUCUGACAACCAGCUUCUUCGUAGAGAAAGUCAAACCCCAUGAAUAUGUCCGAGACAGUGAGCAGUGCAGACCGAUCAUCAUAGAGACUCUAAGAUUUCUGUACGAGCUGGACAUGGAUGACCGCCGUGAAGUGGACAUGAGCAAUCCGAUAGCCCGCCCAAGAAUCCCAUAUGAAGUCAUGUUUGUCAUCGGCGGAUGGAGCGGAGGAGCCCCCACAAAUAUGGUAGAGACGUAUGACACAAGGGCUGACCGCUGGGUUGUCUGCCCCGUAGCCGAUACUGGACCAAGAGCUUACCAUGGAAUGAUCACAAUGGGCCACACCAUUUAUGUUAUUGGCGGAUUUGAUGGUGUGGAAUAUUUCAACAGCUGCAGAACUUUUGACCCUGUGAAUAAAGCUUGGUCAGAGGCGCCACCUAUGAACUGUAAAAGGUGCUACGUGAGUGUGGCUCUGCUGGACGGCUACAUCUACGCCAUGGGAGGCUUCGAUGGACACGUCCGGCAAAACUCCGUAGAGAGGUUCAACAAGGAGACCAACCAGUGGAGUCUUAUCAGACCCAUGCACCACCAGAGAAGUGACGCCUCUGCGACUACAUUGAACGGAAAGGUGUACAUAUGCGGGGGCUUCAACGGUCAAGAAUGUUUGAAUACGGCUGAAUACUUCAGUCCAGACACCGGCCAGUGGACGCUUAUCAACAGUAUGAACAACAGAAGAAGUGGGGUAGGGGUCAUUGCUUACAACGAGUGUAUCUACGCCCUGGGAGGGUUCAACGGGGUCACCCGUAUGAACACUGGAGAGCGCUACUGCCCCAGGACACGUCAGUGGAUGGACAUUCCAGAAAUGUACAGUCCCAGGAGUAACUUUGCGACCGAGAUCAUUGACGACAUGUUAUUUGCUAUUGGAGGUUUUAAUGGCGUCACUACCAUCUUCAAUGUAGAAUGUUACGACUCGAAUGCUGACGAGUGGUAUGAUGCUACUGACAUGAGUCUCUACCGAAGUGCACUUAGUGCCUGCGUGGUCAAAGGACUGCCCAAUGUCCAGGACUACAUUUACCAAAACAGGAUAUUUCGCAAUCCGGAUAACUCAACCACCGUGGACCCAUCCCCAACGGCUACGACCAACACUGGAUAAGUCAAUCAAUUCAGCUGUAAGUGACUCUCUCAAAGAGACAUUCAAAUCGAAGUUUAAUCUGAACUCAAUGAACUGAACAUGAACCUUGAUAAUGUUUUGGUUGGAUUCUCUGAACAAGUAAGUGACGCAGAACUGUACACUUAUUCUGUUAUUGGAUGUUGUAACUUGUAUAUGAUUUGAAACUUUCAUUCACUCAAAGGUGGCAAACAAAUUCUAAGAACCUGGUCUCUACGAUGAAUGCAAGCAAAGAAGUAAUCUAUUAAUACAUUGCUAUCUUAUGUGUACUCAA